CUUUCAUUGACAAGGGCAGCGAUCCCACCUCCCGCUGGACCUGGACCUGGCCUUUACCGGUCGGCUGCCUCCCACGCAGGAGGCCGCGGUCGCCCGCGACCGCCCGACUUGGCCGGACCGGACAGUGGAAGACCAGCUCUCGGAAGCGACCGACCGCAGGAGCAGGAGAGAGCCCGACCCACGACCCACGUGCUCCGAACCCGCGACAGGAUUUCCCGAUCCAUUAGUGUCCGCCUGCCCCGUCUUACGCGAUUUCUGCUCUUAGCGCCGCGUUUGCUUCGGUUUUUUCCCCCCGGUGUAAUAUAUUGGACGUUUAGGAAUAUGAAUCUGGAAAUGGGUUCAAUUUAUCUUAGUGGAUCGUCCGUGGUUUCUCACUUCUUAAGCAUUUUCAUCUCUCUGCUCUCCACGAUGACGCUGAGCGAUGCGUACGGACUAAGCAAGGGGCCCCUGCUACAGCAGGUGACGCAACCCGUGAUACACGGCGAGGGCCCGCACUGGGACGCCAGGAAACAAGUACUAUACUUCAUCGAUACCACAGGAAAAUCUGCACACAAGUAUGACCCGCAUACAGGACAGACAGCGUAUACUUCACUCGGUGAUGCUGUGGGUGUUAUGGUUCCGGUGGAAGGGUCGCUGGACGAAUUCGUGGCUGGGGUGGGCCGGGAUCUGGUGUUGGUCCAAUGGGACGGGAACUCGACGCAGUCUCGGAGCACAGUUCUCGACUCGGUCGAGCCGGACAAACCCGGAAACCGGUUCAACGACGGAAAGGCUGACGCCAAGGGACGCCUCUGGAUAGGGACAAUCGGCUACGAGGAUGCAAGUGGGGUUCGUCCCAACGAGGGAAAUUUGUACGAUUAUUCGUCAGAGACAUGCAAGCUACGAACGAGUGUGACAGGAAUUACAACAUCUAACGGCAUUGCCUGGAGCCGGGACAAUAGACACAUGUAUUAUAUCGACACCGGUACCAGUAGGAUUGACGUCUUUGACUAUGACAUUGCCACGGGACAUAUCAGUAAUCGAAGACCAGUUUUCGACCUGAAAGCGAAUAAUGUUCCUGGUUAUCCAGAUGGUAUGACUAUUGACACAGAGGGAUACCUUUGGGUUGCUUGUUACCUUGGCUCAAGGGUGAUCAAGGUUGACCCCCGAGAUGGCCGUUUGAAACUGAGUAUACAUUUGCCCGUUGAAAAGGUUACUUCAGUAAUGUUCGGUGGAGCAAAUCUGGACAUUCUCUACGUAACAACAUCCAGGAGGGAUCUAACACCUGCACAACUUACCCUACAACCUAUGGCUGGUUCAGUUCUUGCUGUCACUCGUCUUGGCUCAAAAGGAUGGCCUGCAAAUAGUGCGGUUCUUUGCAACAAGUACUAUGAACAGGGCAGCACCCCGAGCCUCACCAAUAGUCAAACUUAUUAGAGAGAUGAUCAUUAACAAGUCAAUUGGUUUUUGUCGUGGACCAACGAUGCCAAACAUUUCAAAAACUGCAAACUUCCUGAUCAAAGUAUGCUCUUUUACGUGAUUAUAUGUCAAUCUAUUCUCUUGAUAAAAGAUACAUUUCAGACUGGCAUUGUAGGAGUGGUGCAGGACUCUUCGAUCACCCUAUAUACUUAUUUAAAAGAAAAAUGAAGUCUUGAUCCAUAAAAAGAUGAUGCAGUCAUUGAUAAAGUACUUAGGUCAACUAAAUUCGAUGGCAUUAAAAAUGUGACAGACGAUCCACUGUAAGAUCAGCGGAAGAUGAGCAGAGCAUAUUUCUCUCUGUUGUGUUGUGCAUUGUUCAUACACAGUCCAGUAAUGGUGACGAUGGCUCUUGAAACUGUACACAGUUUACCGUGAGUUGAGAAGAACGGCAGCACCGAUUCUUUCCAUAAAUAUCUCAUGAAUGGUAAUAUUAAUAAUAUGACUAUUAUUCAAUACUGUGAUGAUACAGUACUUGAUAAUGAAACAGUUCUACAAUGUAAAAAAAAGGAUCCUUUCAGGUCUUUGAAGAAUUUCGAGAAAAUAUUUCAAAACAGAAAUACAUAAAUUAUUUUAUAUUUUAUUUGUUUUGGUUUUUUUUUUUCAAAAUUUAUAUAAUGUACAGAGAAACUUUAAUUAUAAAGAAGGAAUACUCAAGUUCUUAGUAACUAUUGUAAUGAGUAAAGUAUCUUAGAUUCUAAUGGUAAUGUGAACUUCUAUGAAUGUUUUUCAGAAUUAACCAAGUAUUUUUGAUAAAACUUGUUAGAAUUAAAAUCACUGGAAUAAUUUUGUGUUAGGAAACAAAAACUUGGAUUAAAAGUUUACCGUUCUUGAAUUAUAAAAUUUUUAGAACCAUUGCAAAA